GAUAACUGUCAUUUACGCGCUCAUUUUUCCCAUUUUCAUUUGUUUAUAUUUCAUUUCUGUGGGAUAUCUUAUUCUUAUUUUUUCAUUUUUUUAAAUAAAAAGUUGGAUAUUUAAAUAUAAAAAAUGUCCAUUCAAUUGAAAUUAGAUCAGACUGUCUUUGAUCAGCUUAAAGAGGAACAAAUAAAUUUACAAUUCAUUCCAGCAAGUAUUGAAAAUACAACGAAAGCUAAUGUUGAUCAGUUUUUCAACAUCUAUACUACUACUGUUGAUGGAUUUCUAAAAAAUUCAUUGCGUGGCUUUCCAUUAAAUGGAUGUAAAUUUCAAGUGCCUGAUUCGCACUGUGGUAUAAUUUUCCAGGAAAGUGAGAAACCACUCGACGAAAAUACCGAUCGUACAUUUCGAGCAUUCGGUAUUUUCAAUGAUUUCGCAUAUUGGAACUAUGAUAAACAACCAUCGGAUAACGAUAAAUUGAAACAAUGCUUCGUUUGGAAUGAUUUUGCCAAAGUGUUGCACACUCCAAUUACGCCAGAGGAAUGGGAGGCCAAAAUAAAUUAAAUUAUGUACGAAACAAGCGUUUAAAGAAAAAAAAUCAAUAAUAAUCAAAGAAUUUGAAAACUA